CGGCAACUGAGCACUCUGGAUCAGCUCCUUGCGAACUCUUUCUUUUCGUGAUGCUCACUAGUUCCUGAUCUCGAGCCAUAUAUCUUUGAAUUCUCCGACUAGAGCAAUCGUAAAAGCGACGAACGACUUGGCGAACAGAGCUUUAGGGACCAUCCUUCCGAAGGUGAACUCGCAAGCACCACAGUGAGCUUUCAGCCGGUUGAGACAGACUUGAAGCCGGGCCAAUUCUCCAGGCUUCAAUUUCAGGAAAGAUGCCAGAGAAAUGUGUGCUGAAGAAGAUUUGUACGAACCGUACUUUGCGCGGAGGGCGUCAAUGUGAUCGUGGAGUGCGUCUCUGCGCCAUCGUAAGGUCAAAGAGUAGCUCAUAGAAAGAUGGUGUGCCAGGUGGGCUUGGAAUCGAAGUACCGUUUUCGACCUCAAGCAAACUUCGUGCUUCAUCGCCUGACAUUCGAGCGCUUGAGCGAUUAUGUACACAGAUUGGGCGCCUAUCCUCACAUGACUUCGUGGACCGCAUUCAACCCAUCUUGCAUCUUCCCUUCUACCCCUUCGCACAAUGGUACGCUACCCACUCAGACUUGCUGCGCUCACCCUCGUCGCCUCGUCCGCCGUCCACGCUUUUGACUGGGACUUGGGAAAAGUUGUCCCCGAGUUCCUCUCGAACAUCCAGGUCCCCAGCUGCCCCGCUCACGUCGCGACACGUCCAGACGCUCUCAGCCAAAUAAGCGCGACUUUGGAGUGCCUCGGGCUGCCCAAUCCGGAAACAGUGGCCGCACAGGUCAACGACCUGACAGAGCACGUCAAACUAGUUGUCCAGCACGCAUCGGCUUUGAUGCCCAGCUAUACUGGUGACAAAGGACAGACAUUUGAACGAGAUAUAUUGGCAGCUUUCGGAUUGCUGUCUGAAGAGCUGCAGAAGUUGUUCCCUCCACCCGAGAAAGCUCAAGGCCACGCCGAGCGCGUCGCUUCCCUCACUGCCAUUCUCGACAAGGUAGGACAAGUCAUCGUCGGGGUUUUAGUCCAGCAUGGAGUCGAUGAAGAUGAAACGCGGGAAAAGUGGGUGCAGUUCGAGUCUGUUGUCCUCGACGUAUUCGUCUUGAUGGAAGACCUGGCGGAACAGCAUCCUAUUAUCUCCUCCAUGAUUCUCUCUGUCGUGAUGUACGAGAUCGCUGGUAUCCCACAGGGGGCUGGAGCUCUGUUCGCGCGCAGCCUGCUCCGUUUGUUCGGGUUGGGCCCUGCCGGUCCCACAAAAAACAGUCUUGCUGCUUGGGCUCAAAGUCUCUUUUUCGGACCCGCUAUUUCGAAGGGCAGUUGGUUUGCAAAGUUGCAGAAGAUCAGCAUGACUCCGGCAAAACUCUGAAUCGCGCAUAUAUUGGUACUUAAAGCUUUCUGUAAUCUCUUUGUCGAGCUCGCACGUCCGCCUCCGGGUGCAUCAAACCAAGAUUGAGAACAUCACGUGACCGCGUCAUCGAAUCUCUAUCGCUUGACUUUUCUCUCUAUCAGCCAAGGCCUACGGUAAAAUCCAUUGAAGGUCUCCUCAAUUGGAUUUAUGUUUCAGAUGACCGGAAUUUAGAGUGCUCACGACCAUCCUUGUCCGAGAUCUUAGAUUAUUCCACCGAUUCCACAUUCUCAUUGGGACGGGAA